AUGUUUGAACGUAGGCAAUGUUCCUCAAACUUCCAAUUUCACUCGCUUCCUUUGGCUUACCAGUUUCUUGUCUUUUCAGGUGUUAAGCGAAACGCAGAGAGAAAGAUGAGCUGGACUGGAGGAGACUGGCUAUGCGGGGCGUGUCAGCACGCAAACUUCAAGAAAAGAGAUACAUGCCAGAAAUGUGGAUACCCCAAGUUUGGAGGGGUAGAUGUGUCAACGUACUUAUACAACAGGACUGAAGUUUUGGCUGGUGAUUGGUAUUGUGGUGCAUUGAAUUGUGGGAGCCACAAUUACGCGAGCAGGACAAGUUGCUACCGAUGUGGAAUGAUCAAAGUCGAGUAUACGGAUCAGUACUACGGAGCACAAAUGGUUGCUUACGGGAAUGAUGCCGGAGCUUGUCCUCCCGGCUGGAAAACUGGCGAUUGGGUUUGUCCACGUGUCAGCUGUGGGGUUCAUAACUAUGCAAGCAGGGCAGAAUGCUUCAAAUGCAAGACAACAAGAGAUUACGGUGGAGUCUAG